AUGAACAGUUCACUCGACGCUGCUCGUCGCUCCAAAAUUGCUGUUGUCACAACACGACGUUGAACACAACGUUGAAGCCAAUCAAAAUAAUCGAAAUAUAUUCAACAAUUUCAUUCAAUUGAUGUGCAAAUUAAUACCGAAAAUCGAACGUGUUUCAAAUUCGUAUCCAAUGUGUAUACGGUUUUAGUUCGAUUUAAAGAGAAAUUUCGCAAAUAUGUUGGUAUUUUGUCAGUAAGAUUGGUCGCGCCGAUUUAAUUAAUAAGUUUGAAUCGAAUGUUCGAAAUAAUUUAUCAAACAAAUUUGAUUAAAUAUCGAAAAAGUGGAAAAUAUUGAGUGUAAAAUCGAGCCGAACACAAACAAGAGCAACAAGCUCCGGUUAACAUAGGCCGGUUUUGAACAGACACAAACCCUAUUUUUAAUGGCCAUACUACAAUCGUGCUGUUUCUGGAAGUCGUUGCGGAACGGAGCGUACGCCAGUGCGGUUUACACAUUCUUUUACUAUGGAAGCAUUUUCAUAAUGCAAGGCAGCUAUCUGUACAUGGAACGGGACUACAUAGCUGGAAAUGUGGAUACACCAAAGGGCAUGAGUUUUUUAGAGCGCGAAAAAGUUUCUUAUUCAUCUGUGAUAUUUAGCAUACUUCUAUUUUCCUGCUCAGCAUGUGGCGUAAUUGCGUGCAUGCUAGUCUUCUAUGGUUUGGCAAUGGACCAACGUAGCUUUCUCGUUCCAUGGAUUAUCAUCAUGGUUCUACACAUUUUGCUUGAAUUCGUACAUUUUAUAUAUCUUCUAGUUAUAGAUACGUUGCAAUUCGAACCGAUUACAGCUAUAAUGUAUACGAUUGACUUCUUCUUGUUAUGUCUCAAUAUGUACUGUCUCCUCUGCAUAAUAUCACAAUAUCAAGAAUACAAAGCAGGCCGUGGUUGUGAUCGACGGGUGCACGUCGAAUCAGAGCUUAAAGCACCUCAAACAUUGACACCUAAUUAUCAAAAUCAGCCCCAUAACAACAAUGACAAAUUGAUAACGAAAAGUCAAACGCUGGCCAAAUCAAUUUUCUACGCCAAUUCGACGAACAUAAAAGCAAGUCCUGUUCCAAAUAUAUCACCGAUUGGCCGAAGACGUUCAUCUAACAUGCUAAAGAAACACGUUCAAUUCCCCGAAGACUUUAAAUGUUUCGAAGAAGAAGAUGAAAUCUUGUGUAUUACCGACUCCAAUGGCAAUGGUCCCGGUCCAGUUGAUUCUCCGCCAACUGUGAACACACUGCAAUAUUAACAAAUAUCUAAGUAAUUCAAACGAAUUUGUUGGCGACGACAACAAAUUGUGCGGCAUCGAUUGUGCCAUUAUUACCAGUGGGUAGAGAACUUCCACUCACUCGUCGGCGAUUGGUUUGCGAUGAUGAUGAUGAUGAUGAUGGAAAACAAAAUGACCCACUCGUAUUUGAAAUGAUGCGUUGUAUUUUGUGAGAGAGAAAAAACCCAAUCUCAAACUAAUUAUUAAUUUAUUUUUAUAUAUUAUUUAUAUCGGUGUACUUCACCGCAAGCAAACAGAUUGACACCGAAAAUCAAUGGGAACAGUUGAGCGAGAAAGGAUUCUCAAUACGUUAAAAUUUAUGUACGAUGUCUAAAAACGAAACAAUUCCCGAACAUUACGAACAACAAAAGUGUAUUGGUUCGGUUAACGAGGACGACUAAUAUUGAUUGCGAAUCGAAUGGAUUACUAAGUGUGACUGAAAAUUUUAUAGAAAAAUAAAGAUUUUGUAAUUCAACCACGAUCUGUACAACAAAUUAUAUCUAUUUUCUUAUUUUGUAUCCGAAUUUCUUUAUAAGAGGAACUGGCUAGCAAACAAACGAACAAAAAUUAAAUAAAGAGA